AUGUGCUCACACGAAAUAUCAUUCGUACUAUUCAUAUAUCUCAUCAAUAUUGCAUAUAGCAACAAUACACUUUUGUUUAGUUCUGAGACUAACCAAAACACGAAGAGCGCAAUUUGUGUUUUGAAACUAUCUGAGAAAUACUUCGUGGAGAAGAAAGCAUUAAGAGGUAGCAUCGUCAUCAUAAACAUACAAUCCUACACUUCAACUACAGAAGCAUUGAUAUUACAAACCCUGCAUAGUGGUAAGAAGUAUUCAAUUAUGGUAAAAAAUGGUUUCCGGCCUCACGCCAACGCAUCUCACUUUCCUGAGAAAGCAAAGAACUACAUGUUGAUUUUGGAAAACAAAACUGAUCUAGCAAUCCACUUGGACCAAUUGAGAUCAUUGCCGUCUUGGAACCCACUCGCUAAAUCCGUAGCUUACUAUCAACUAAAACCAAACGAAGACGGCGAAAGAGCAGCAAUCAAAUUAAUUAACGAAUUUCGUAAUUUUAAAAUCCUUAAAAGUAUAAUCUUGAUUUAUUCCUCGUUAAAUGAUGAUAUCACCGCGUACUCCUGGUCUCCAUACAGUGAUACAAACUGCGCCGGUAAAUGUACAACAGUAUACAUUUUAGACAAAUGCAAAGAUAACAAUAUAAAGCAAUUCGAACCUCAAAGGGAGAUGUUUCCAUACGACUUAAAAGGAUGCCCUCUAAUAACGUACGCCGUCAUAUCUGAACCGUAUGUGAUGCCUCCCGAAAGAAAAGUUACGAACACAAUAUGGAGCGACGCUUAUGAAUUCGAAAAGGGUGGGGAGAUAAAUCUUGUGAAGAUUAUAAGUGUAAGACGGGCGGCUUUCGAGAAAAACUUCGCUGUUGUCUCAUCGAGAAGGCAGGCGGAAUAUAUGGAUCAGAAAUUGGGCAAAGGUGCGCCUUUGAUAUAUUGCUUCCCAGAGAGUGAUAACCUUUACAAAUACGGUGUCGUAUUGUUGGCUAGACAAUGGUUUCCAAUGUUGGAGAGAUUCAAUAACAUCAUACGGAGUGUUUCAGAGAAUGGUUUGAUAGAUAAAUGGAACGAAGAGUUGUUUAUACACAACACGCGCGAUGCAACUAACGCUAUUCUACCGUUAAGUAUCCAGCAUUUACUCGGAGCUUUUAUUCUGAUUGGAAUCCUAUAUGCGGUUAGUGUAGUGAUCUUUAUGGGGGAGAUAAUAUUGGGUAUGUUAAAAUGUAGACAAAUAGCUGAUGUGUUGAUGAUAGUACCGAAGAUACGAAAUAAUGUGAGAUAA